AUGGCAGGCUGGUUCAUCCUCCCCGCGUUCUGCAGCUUCCUUCUCCCUUGGACCGUCAUCAUCUUCCAUAAAGCCCUGGGGGACCCAGAGCCCCACCCCGGCCCCCACUACCUCCUGCCCCCCAUCCACGAGGUCAUUCACUCCCGCCGUGGGGCCACGGCCACGCUACCCUGCGUCCUGGGCGCCCCGCCUCCCAGCUACAAGGUGCGCUGGAGCAAGGUGGAGCCGGGGGAGCUCCGGGAAACGCUGAUCCUCAUCACCAACGGUCUCCACGCCCGGGGCUAUGGGCCCCUGGGGGGGCGUGCGAGGAUGCGGAGGGGGCAUCGGCUGGACGCCUCCCUCAUCAUCGCGGGCGUGCGCCUGGAGGACGAGGGCCGCUAUCGCUGCGAGCUCAUCAAUGGCAUCGAGGAUGAGAGCGUGGCGCUGACCCUGCGCUUGGAGGGUGUGGUGUUUCCCUACCAGCCCAGCCGGGGCCGGUACCAGUUCAAUUACUAUGAGGCCAAGCAGGCCUGUGAAGAGCAAGACGGCCGCCUGGCCACCUACGCGCAGCUCUACCAGGCAUGGACCGAAGGUCUGGACUGGUGUAACGCAGGCUGGCUGCUCGAUGGCUCGGUGCGCUACCCUGUGCUCACAGCGCGCACUCCCUGCGGCGGCCAGGGUCGACCUGGGAUCCGCAGCUACGGACCUCGCAACUGGAAGCGAGACCGCUAUGACGCCUUCUGCUUCUCCUCGGCGCUGGCCGGCCACGUGUUCUUCGUUCCCGGGCGACUGACACUGUCUGAAGCCCACGCGGCAUGCAAGCAGCACGGGGCUGCGGUGGCCAAGGUCGGGCACCUCUACGCGGCCUGGAAGUUCUCAGGACUGGACCAGUGCGACGGGGGCUGGCUGGCGGACGGCAGCGUGCGCUUCCCUAUCACUGUGCCGCGGCCGCGUUGUGGGGGCCUCCCAGAUCCUGGGGUGCGCAGCUUUGGCUUCCCCAGCCCUCAACUGGCAGCCUACGGGACCUACUGCUACGCGGAGAAAUAG